AGUGACCCAAUAUAGACUACAUCGUAUAUAAUCAUCACAGUUUGGUAAAGAGCCGAUUUGACCUUAGUGAGUGCUGCAAUAAACAUUGUUCUCUGAUUUGUAAUCACUUCUCUUCUCUUUCUAAAUCAUGGAUGCGGCGGCGUUGGGUGGGGCUUUUCUCUCUGCUUUCAUUGAAGUUGUUCUCGACAGGCUUGCUUCUCCUCAGUUUGCUAAUUUCAUCACUGGAAAUAAGCUUGAUGUCAAUUUGAUCCAAAGGUUGAAAAACACUCUUUAUGCUGUUGAAGCUGUUUUGAAUGAUGCUGAGCAGAAACAGAUCAAAGACUCUGCUGUUAACAACUGGCUUCAUGAUCUCAAAGAUGCUCUCUAUAUUGCUGAUGACCUUCUCGAUCACAUUUCCACCAAAUCUGCUACUACUCUGAAGAAUAAAGAGGUGAAUACUACUGCUACUAAUUACUUGUCUAGCUUUUUCAACUUUGAAGAAAGGGAUAUGGUUCGUAAGUUGGAAGUUAUAGUUGCUAGGCUUGAAUCCAUUCUUAAACUCAAAGAUAUUCUUAAUCUUCAACAUAUUGCAACUCACCACCACUCUUCUUGGAGAACUCCAUCAACCUCUCUAGAUCAUGGAUCUAACAUAUUUGGUAGAAAUCAAGACAUAGAAGCCAUACUCAAAUUACUGUUACAUGAUGGUGAUGAUGGUGAUAGUGAUAAGAUUUCUGUGAUCCCCAUAGUUGGCAUGGGUGGUGUGGGCAAAACCACUUUAGCCCAAUCUUUGUACAACCAUGACACUAUAAAAAAGAAAUUCGAUGUUCAAGCAUGGGUCUGUGUUUCUGAUGAUUUUGAUGUUUUGAAGGUUACAAAGGCCAUUGCAGAGGAAGUUAGAAGUGCUUGUAACACAAAUAAUUUGAAUAUUCUUCAGCAAGAUUUGAAGGAUAAGUUGACCGGAAAAAUGUUCUUAAUUGUUCUGGAUGAUGUCUGGAACGAAGAUUAUGACAGUUGGAAUUCUCUUAUAAAGCCUCUUCGAUGCGGAGCUAAAGGAAGUAAAAUUCUCGUAACAACUCGUAUUCAAAAGGUUGUUUCUAUGGUCCAAACUUUUCAAGGUUACUACUCUCUCGAGCAAUUGUCUAAUGAUGAUUGUUGGUCAGUGUUUGCUAACCAUGCAUGCCUUUCUCCAGAAGAAUCCACUCAGAAUAUGGAUCUUGAAAAAAUUGGCAAAGAGAUUGUUAGAAAAUGUAAGGGAUUGCCUUUAGCAGCACAAUCACUUGGGGGUUUGUUGCGACGAAAACGUGACAUCAGGGAUUGGAAUAAUAUACUCAAUAGUAAUAUUUGGGAAAUUGAUGAAAAGGAGAGUAAAAUCAUUCCAGCACUAAGAAUUAGUUAUCAUUAUCUCCCUCCCUAUUUGAAACGCUGCUUUGUUUAUUGCUCGUUGUAUCCUAAAGAUUAUGAAUUUCAUGCGGACGAUUUGAUCUUGUUGUGGAUGGCAGAAGAUCUUUUACAGCCUCCAAAAAAUGGAAAGACUUUGGAAGAAGUUGGUUAUGAGUAUUUUAAUGACUUAGCUUCAAGAUCUUUUUUUCAACGUUUUGUAAGUGGAAACAGCUCCCGGCGUUUUGUGAUGCAUGAUCUGGUGCAUGAUUUGGCAACAUUGGUCGGGGCAGAAUUCUACUUUAGAACACAAGAACUUGGGAAAGAAACGAAGAUUGGUAACAAGACUCGUCAUUUAUCAUUUAGCAAUUUAAGUAAUCGAGUGACGGAUAACUUUGAGAUUUUUGACCAAGUAAAACAUCUUAGGACCUUUUUGACAAUCGAUUUUAGACGUACUCCAUUCAACAAUGAAAAUGCAUCGUGCAUCAUUUUGUCAAAUUUGAAGUGCGUGAGAGUUUUGUCAUUUCAAGGUUUUCGAGAUCUUAAUGCAUUGCCUGAUUCCAUAGGUGAACUGAUUUAUUUGCGUUAUUUGGAUCUCUCUUCCACAAAUAUAAAGACACUACCAGAGUCAUUGUGUAAUCUGCAUAAUCUACAAACCUUCAAGUUGUACAAUUGUUAUCAACUAACCAAACUUCCCAAUGGCAUGCAAAAGCUUGUGAAUUUGCGCUACCUUGACAUCCGCUUUACUCUAAAGUUAGAAGAUAUGCCUAGAGAAAUGAGCAAAUUAAACCAUUUGCAACAUUUGAGUUGCUUUGUUGUGGGCAAGCAUAAAGAGAAAGGGAUCAAGGAACUGGGAACACUGUCAAAUCUUCACAGAUCACUUUCCAUUAGUAAAUUAGAGAAUGUUAGCAACAAUUUUGAAGCAUCACAAGCGAAAAUAAUGGAUAAGAAGUACCUUGAAAAAUUAUCUUUUGAAUGGUCUGAUAAUGCAAAAGACCAAUUUAAAAAUUCACAAAGUGAGAUGGAUAUACUUGACAAGUUACAACCUGCCAAGAACCUAAAAAAGUUGUCUAUAUGUGGAUAUAGAGGCACGAGAUUUCCAGAAUGGGUUGGAGAUCCUUCCUACCGAAAUUUGACUAAGUUGUCUUUGUCUGAUUGUGAUAAUUGUUGUAUUCUUCCACCACUUGGACAAUUACAGAAUCUCAAAGAUUUGAGAAUCAGUAGAAUGAGUAUGUUGGAGACUAUUGGAUAUGAAUACGGUGAUUCCUUUUCAGGAAUUAUCUUUCCCUCCCUUGAACGUCUUGAGUUUGAUAACAUGCCAUGUUGGGAAGUGUGGCAUCAUCCCCAUUACUCAAAUGCUUAUUUUCCUGUACUCAAGUCUCUUGUGAUUAGUGGUUGUCCCUUAUUGAGGGGAGAUUUGCCAUCUCAUUUUCCUGCUUUGAAAACAAUUCAGAUUGAACAAUGCAACCAACUUGCUUCGUCUCUUCCAUAUGCUCCUGCCAUCCGGAAAAUAGAGAUAUGUGAAAGCAAUAAAGUAGCAUUGAGAGAGCUACCCCUUUCAUUGGAAGAGAUCAAAAUUGAUGGAAGAGAGGCAACGGAGUCCUUCUUUGAAAUCAUUGCCAUCACGCUACCGAUUUCCCUGAAAAUUAUAAAGAUCAACAAUUGUUCGUGUGCGUUAUCGUUUCCUGGAGAUUGUUUACCCGCAUCGUUACUGAAGUUGUCCAUCAUAAAUUGUAAAAAUAUAGAUUUUCUAAAGCAAAAGCAGCAGCACGAGUCACUUCAAUGGUUGUAUAUAGAUAGUAGUUGUGAUUCUCUGACAAUCUUCCCACUGGAGACCUUUCCCAACCUUGGUAGUCUCCACAUCCACAAGUGUGAAAAUCUAGAAUUUCUGUCGGCUUCAAAGACUCUUCAAAAUCUUAAUGAAUUAUUCAUUACCAAGUGCCCCAAAUUAGUUUCAUUUGCAAGAGAUGGAUUGGCUGCGCCCAACUUGAGAUCAUUGGUUGUCUGCAGGUGUGUUAAUUUGAAGUCAUUGCCUUGUCACGCAAAUACUCUUCUCCCGAAUUUAGAAAUGGUGCGUAUAUGGGAUUGCCCAGAAAUGGAGACGUUUUGUGAAGGUGGUAUGCCGCCUAGCUUGAGAAGACUUGAUAUAUAUAAAUGCGAGAAGUUAAUGAGGAGCCCAUCUCUAAGUUUGAUGGGCAUGCUCAUGCUCACCGAUCUUACAAUUGAUAAUGUAUGCGAUGGUGUGGAGUCCUUCCCCAAUAAGGAUUUUGCGUUGCUGCCUCCCUCCCUUACCUCUCUAACGCUACGCAAUAUGCCAAGUUUGCACACGUUGGACUGCACGGAGCUUCUCCACCUCACUUCCCUCCAACAAUUAGAAAUUUUAAAUUGUUACAGGCUGGAGAAUAUGGCGGGAGAAAGGCUGCCUACUACUCUAACACAACUUGAAAUCAUUGAAUGUCCACUGCUGGAAGAACGGUGCCGCAUGAAACACCCGCAAAUUUGGCCCAAAAUUUCCCACAUCCAGAGCAUUUUGGUUGACCAUAAAUGGAUUUAGAAAGCUUCAACUUGGAUUUUCAACUGCUCAAUGUACAAGGUUAAAUGGGCGCUCCAUUUGUUAAAAUGCAGGGUCACAACACAUGUUAUAUUUCACAUUUGCAGGACCCGUCACAGAAAAUUUUGCUGAGAGAAGGCUGAACAAAGUUACUUGCUGAAUAAGCUCUUAGGCUUGUGAGAUGAUGAAAUCAUGUGCUGCAUACAAGCCUAAUUCGGAUAGUACAUUUCACUUUAUGCUGCUGGGAUAUGUAGCUGAACACUCAUGAAGGAAAAUCCAUAUUGGAUGGCUUUAUAGCUCCUUUUUGUGUAUAGAAAAUAAUCCAGACCCAAUAUUUUAUAGUAGAUGCCUUCUCAUGCCAUCUACUAAUGUGAUGCAAGGAGUUAACUAAUUCCAAUUUUCAAGGCACGUUUUUUACGGCUUAGCACAUAUUCCACGCUUUUGCUUUUGAUGGUCUUUGCUACUUAGUUUAGGCAUCUAAAAUGUUGUAAUUUUAGAUUCCUAUGUUGCAUGAAACAUAGGAAUUAGUUUUCUUGAUCAGUUAUGGGUGGUAGCUUAUUUACCUAAGCACCAAAUGUGAAUGUGCACAGAGCUGGACAGACCACUCCAAAUAAUUUUCGCUAGGUAUCAGCAGGCUCCUAUGCCCUCUCAAAAUGAUGCUUCACAGAUUUGCAGCCAUCGCCUUUUUUAUUGGAGUUCUCACAAAGUAUAGCUGCUGCUAUUGUAUCUUUUUUAUAUUAAUUUUGAAUUUGUAAAUCUGUUGUAGCCUUAUCUUUUUGCUAUUGAUUUUGAAUUUGUAAUUUGUAAAUCUGUUUUAGCCUUGUCUGUAUAUAGCUCUAUAUUCCUGUAACAAGAUUUUGUUAUCAGCUUCAGCUUUAUCCUUCUGUAACAGCACUUUAUCUUUUUGUAACAGCACUUAAACUCAUGUAAAUCUAAAGAAUAAUGUAGUAAUGAUCCUGGUUCAGGCAAAUUGCUAUGAUUCUACUGCUUCGCCUCAGGAGUCCCAAGAGUUGUGCUUUCAAAGAUUCGUCACAUUGAUAAUAACACGCCACAAUACCACAGCAUAACUUCACCUUCAGAUAAACCUGUCCACAAACAUGUCAUCAAGAAGUGUUGCAGUCAUAAAAUGUUCCUGUGAGGAUGCUAGUUUUGUAAUUAGUUACAUACUUUGAGAUUAUGUUAAUGUUAAUUUUGAUGUAGUUCAUGAAUGCAACAGUCUAAA